GGCGGUCGGAGAGAACAACUCUUGGACAAGGGAAUUGUCAUAUUUCGCGCGGAGCCGUCCAUUCGUGCCGUAUAUAUGGCUCGAACAUAAAGGGUCAGGGGCUUCUCGAUCUACCUUAAUCACCCCAUUUUCACGGCACGGGAUUUCGCGAGGGAUUCUCGGUCUCACCGAUCUCGCAAAGUUUCCGAAGAGGGCUCCGGUGUGCCAUCCUCACGAUGGGAUCGUAACAGUCCGCAGUGUACGAUCUCAGGCAACGCUCGGCGUCCUGACGGAGUUUCCGGAUAGGCAGCGGUGAGGCGACAUCCUAUCCCAAUGGAUUUAUGGCGAUGGAGGAGAAAACACCAGUGACAUUGGGCCACAGAUCUCGGACUCUGACCGCGGAAGAAAUCGAGAAACUCUCUGACGAUAAGGAGACCGUUUCGGACUUCAAACAGCGGAAACUCGAAGAGGAAGCGAAAAAGCAUUGGGACAAGUUCUACAUGCGAAAUGAGACGAGGUUCUUCAAGGAUCGUCAUUGGACGACACGCGAAUUCGAAGAGCUCCUCGGUCAGGACUUCGAGUUACCCUCGAAGGCAACCGGAGAUCAACCGACGCUUCUCGAAGUCGGAUGCGGGGUCGGGAACAUGAUUGUGCCUCUGAUCGAGGAAGGAAGCGCUUUUCGAUUUCUGGCUUGCGACUUCAGCCCUCGCGCCGUGGCCUUGCUGAAAGAAAACCCUAUGUUUUCGAAAGGAUCCCACCGAGCCUUCGUCUGCGACAUGACGACAUCUCAACUUCUCGAGGAGGUGCCGAGAGAAAGCGUGGAUAUUGUCACAAUGAUAUUCAUGCUCUCAGCCAUCAGUCCUGAGAAAAUGCCGACUGUGAUCAACAACGUAUUCUCGGUUCUUCGUCCUGGGGGAAUGGUGCUCUUCCGCGAUUAUGGAUUGUACGAUCAGGCUCAGUUGAGGUUCAAACGCGGACACAAACUCCGGGAAAACUUCUACGCUCGACAAGACGGGACCAGAGCUUUCUACUUUUCGGAGGAAGUCGUGAAGUCUCUCUUCGAGUCGGCUGGAUUCCAGACCAAGGAAAACUCUUACGUCACUCGAAGCACAAUCAAUCGAAAAGAAGGCAUCGACGUACCCCGGAUUUUUGUGCAGUCGAAGUUUGUCAAGCCCCAAGCACGAUAUCUCAUGCAGUUUGCGGAUGGAGUGUGAUCCAUAUCGCCUCCGGUGGCUACUGCAUCAUCCAUACGAACGUGAUAUUCCAACCAAUAAAAACCAAGCUUCCCUU